AAUAAUCUAGUUUCUAACAGCAGGUGAACAGGUUCUCUUCAUUAAAAAAAAAAAACAGCUAGCUAACCGAGUCUGUGUGCAGUUUGCUCGACAGUUAGCUAGUCUUCUAAGCUGGAAUUAAACGGAAUAUGUCCCAGUGGAUAUGCUGUAAUUCGUGCUUUAAGUCUCCAGGACCGGAUAUCCACCUGGCUCUGACAAAUUGUGGUCAUAUUAUCUGCAACAUAUGCUUUCAAAAAGGAAAAGAAGGCGAGUGUCUGAUCUGCAAAGCAAAAUGUCAGCUGUCUCUGCUCUCAGAUAAAAGCAGCGCAGAGGUCAGAGCACUCUUCUCAGAUAUCAGCACUACUGCAGUUAAAUACUUCUCAGAGAUAAGCAAGGUCUUGCAGUUCCAGGCAAGACACCAGAAAAGGUUACUAGCCCACUAUCAGGAGAAGAGUGAAAAAAUGAGGGAGGCUUUACUCAAAAUGCAGCAAGAAAUGAAACAAAUGUCAAAAAAAAUUACAGAGCAGAAGGCCUACAUAUCAAAGUUAGAAGUAGCUCUUCAGCAGCAAAGUUCCAGAGUGGGAUUACAGUCUAACAGGGAUUUGCACGCCUCCAAUUGUUUCAAACCAGGGUACUCGUCAUCGCCAACUUCAUCAGCUCCCUCAGUGACAAAAAUCCCCUACUCCUCUCCAGUGUGUCUGUCUCGCCAACCAUCCACCGCAAGCCUAACUGAAAACAUGGACAUUGACAGCAGGGCUUUUUCCAUUAAACCCUCAAUGUCUGGAAGCGUUUCCAGACUUUGUCUCAUCAGCCCACCACAAGAUGGUCGGAUAGGUACCAUUCCCCACAGAACAGCAAGUCAGAGCACUAUGGGUAGCCACUCAGUACAAAGUGCCAGUGUCAGUAGAGUACUUUCCAGUAGCCUGAGGGAACCCAUGUUGGCCUCCUCCAAUAACACACUGUAUUGCAGAGAAACGCCGUGGGAAACGCCGGUAUUCAAAAUGCCCCCAACUUACAAAUACCCCUCCAUGUCCUCUCUGGGACCUCCACCCUGAUAUAUUAUAGCAACGAUCUUAAAAUAUCACCAGUGGCUAAAGAACAAGGGGGCUAUUCUUGUACAGCUUUACUAUGAUGCUACCCUGGAAACACAACAGAUUAAUUCGAAGACAAGGUCUUGUGUUCAGCCAUCUGCAAGAGGACAAGAAUAUACAUAUGCAUGCCUACUCAUAACAACUGUAGCAAUUUGUAGCUUCCCCUGUGCUCACACCACAAUAGUUUUAUAUUAACUAGGGCUUCAGGGCUUCAGGGUAUGAUAUAAUAGCCUUUAUGUGUUGUGCUUUUUUCCGUUAAAUAUCUGUGUUUGCAGUAAUCAAUCACAGAUGUGGCAUGAGUGGGCUGUGAUUGUGGAUUUUAAUAUGCUGUUGUAUGAUUCAUUGCAUGUCAGCUGCACCUGUGAAUCUGCACAGAGAGCGUGUUUUAUUCUCCAAACUCGUAAAUACCAUAUCACUGAAUUGUUUGAACCUGGUUUUGCAUUGAUGAUUUGGUAUAUUAAAGUGAUUGCUUUGA